AUGAGUGUUGCAGUCAUCCAAGGUUGUUCUAAAGGUCUUGGUCGAGCCUUGGCCCAGAACCUGCUAUCAACUACUAAUUUGAAUGUAAUUGGUACAACGGCCUCUGGCGCAGCUCGAGCACGAGAGGCGAUACUUUCAGGCGUCUCGAACGGGUCAGAUACCGAGAAAAGAUUAACAACGCUCGACAUGGACAUUCGCGACGAAUCCGCCAUCCAAAAAGCCAGUAAACAAGUCCAAGAAAAGUUCGGAGAUAAACCACUAAGACUGCUCAUCAACGUUUCUGGAAUGCUUCACGCCGAGAAGAACGUUAUGCAGAUAUCUCAUCCCGAGGCGCUCCGGAGUUUCGAAAUUAAUGUGAUUGGACAUAUGCUUACUUUUAAGCAUUUUGUCCCGCUUGUUGGGAAAGAGGAGGGGAAGGAGGAUGAUGAGGGAUUGUUACCCGGUGGACGGAGUGUCCUUGCGAGCAUUAGCGCACGGGUUGGAUCAAUUCAGGAUAACGAACUUGGAGGAUGGUACUCGUACCGAGCUUCAAAGGCAGCAGUCAACCAAGUCAUCAAAACGCUCUCGCUCGAAUUGAAAGCUCGCAAAGUCCCGGGGGUGGCAUUGGCCUAUCACCCAGGGACAGUACGGACGGAUUUAUCAAAGGAUUUUGUAGGACCGGACUUCAAGGCACCGUCCAGUGGUAGCAAGGGGAGAGAAUACGGUAUUUUCAAUCCUGACGAGGCUGCGAGUAAGAUGAUGAAUGUGGUGAGGGGGUUGGAUGCCAAUGCGUCUGGGUCGUUCUUGGAUUGGACUGGAUCCAAAGUGCCUUGGAGCUAUUGGCGCCAAGGCGGAUUGAAAGUUGACCCUGGAGAUCUAUCGGUGUUGUGUCCCCCUCGUGGUUGCCCACUCGCGCUGCAAAGACGACUUGCAAUGCCGAAAUUUGAUCCAGUGAAAGAUGCUAUAGAGAGCUCACCGGUCGCGUCGACGCACGCACUGCCACCAACACCAUCAUACAAACACAACAUACUCGCGCCUUCUUCCCCGCACAUGGCUCCUGCCCCACCGAGUCCCACCCGACGUAACAGUGUGUCAAGCGCCAAUCUGUCCAUGCUGCUCAACGACGGCCCGCCCCCCACCAAGCGCCAGCGCACAGCAUCCAUACACCAUCUGCUCUCGCCAACAGACAGCCGCCCCUCCAGCAGUGGCGGCCUUCAGUUCGAGACCGCCUCCUCCCCCGGCAGGUCAGCCAUGGGCCCCCCGGCACUGCCACACCGCUCCUCCUCUGCCUCCCUGCCCCUUGCAUACGCUCCUCGACGCACAACCCCGGGACACAAUGUGCAUCUGCCACUUACUCCCGACGAGCAAGCCGCCAUGGACCGCAGCUGCCGCAACACACUGCGCACGGACCCCAUCCAAUCCCCUCGCUCCCGUCCAGGAUCCAGUGGCGGUCCCGAAAGAAAACGUAGGAGAGGGAGUGACGACCAGCCAGAGGUCAGGCCACCGCCAAGCGGCAAUGGCAGGGAUGAUUCAUACAUGGUAGCCCAGCAUUACAACCGACGUAGAGAAGUUGGCGUCAAAGCGCGGCAGGACUCGCCCAUCAUUGGAUUGCGCAACUUCAACAAUUGGAUAAAGUCUGUGCUCAUUGCUAAAUUCGGUCGCAGGCCGCUUCAGGAGAGCAACACCCAUGGCUCCAAUCCACACGGUCGGGGUAUAACAAGCGGUAAAGUCCUUGACCUUGGUUGUGGCAAAGGUGGCGACCUUCGCAAGUGGGGUAAAGCUAGCAUUCGAGAGUAUGUUGGGCUCGACAUUGCCGAAGUAUCCAUUUCCCAAGCUCGCAAUCGUCAUAUGGAGCUCGUCCCCAACCAGCGUUUCGAUGCUGAAUUUCACGCGUUUGAUUGCUUUAGCGGUAAUAUAAGCGCUGUGGUUUCCCCGGGCCGCCUACGCACUCCAUUCGAUGUCGUGUCCAUGCAAUUCUGCAUGCACUAUGCAUUCGAGUCUCUCCAAAAGGUCCGGACCAUGCUCGAAAACGUAUCCGACUAUCUGAGGCCGGGCGGCAUUUUCUUGGGGACCAUCCCCAAUUCGGACUUGCUUUUGUCUAGAUUAAAUCAGCUCCCGGGGGACGAAACGUCAUUCGGCAACUCAGUAUAUUCCAUACGGUUCGACUCCAAACAAGAACAGCCGCUCUAUGGACACCGGUACUGGUUUUAUCUAAAGGAUGCGGUUGAGGACGUUCCCGAAUACGUUGUACGAUGGGAAGAGUUUGAAGCCCUCUCUCUCGAAUACGGUCUCAAACCGAUAUACCGCUCCGAGUUUCACGACGUGUUUGCGCUGGAACGGCGAGACCCCGAGUUUGGCCCGUUGCUACAAACGAUGAAGGUCGUGAACUCGCGUGGGGACACCGAGAUGACGGACGAUCAGUGGCAAGCUGCAAAUAUAUACAUUGCAUUCGCCUUCGAAAAGCAAUAG